AUGUCGGGAAGGGUAGUCUUUGACUCCGACUCCGACUCGGGCUCCGAGGUCCUUGAGCCGUUGGGUGAUUCUGAAUGGGAGGACGUCGAUGAUGUCGUCGCCAAAUGGGGUCAGCCACUCGUCCAUUUCGUCCGAUCCCCCAGGAAGGUAGCGCGGUUCCAGUCUGAGGUGAUGCGCUGGAUGUGUGUCUCGGGAGAGGCUGUCAUGGCCGCCGCUGAAGUCGGUCAAAGGAGGACCCUCUACUUCUUGUUUUUUAAUGGUGCCACACCCAACAUGCGGGCAGCAGGGGCGCCUCCUCCCGAUGCGGAUGUUGCCCCAGGCUGGGCUACGCGCGAUGCCGACAUUGCCUUCGUCACUUUCUACCAUGAAGACGAAGCUCUACACGUGAAGGGGUAUCCUCUGCAGGCUGCAGCUCACAGUAGGGAAUUAGGAUAUCGGCAAGAUAAGCAGGUCAAGGUCAUGCGCUACCUACUGAAGGCGGGCGCGGAUCCAUUUGCGCUUUUCCGGGCUCCUCUCGGCGUCGCAGAUUCUUCCGCUACCCUUGCGAGACGUUUGACGAGCAUUCGGCACCCGCAGUGUUCUCCAUUCCAUUCUCGAGGCUGGCGGGCAGGCUUUACCAUUCUUGAGGAGAAGAUUAAGCUUGACAUUGAGCAUCGUGACCCCCAGGGCCGCACCCUUUUGCAUUCUGCUUGCCGGUCCGAACUGGGUGCUGAUGCCCUUCUCAAUGACGCCUGGCACUACAUACCGGGGAAAUAUUCUUCCUACGAUGUCCAGCCUUCAUUGUUCCAUGCUCUCCGGCUUCGCAAUGCCGACAUGCUGGCGGUCGACAGCAGAGGACAGCACAUUGUUCACCAUCUCUUUGAUGGUGGAACCAGUGAUGACGCCAUAAAUUACACUCUAACACAUCUGCCCCAGCUGGCUAACCAGCCAGACCACCACGGCAUCUUUCCACUCCAUGCUGCCCUACAGAACUUGCGCAGUAGCCAGGGUCGACGCGCUGAAUACUAUGCGAAGCACAUCGAGCAGCUUUUCGCCGCAGGAGCUGACCCCCAUGCCCGUGACGGAAGGGGGAACACAGCAUUGCACUACCUUGCAGCUAGCCCCUUCGGUGGCUCGUACAAUUACAAGGCCGGCAGACUGUUAUUUCGGAGGUUCCUUGAGCUUGGAGUGGAUGUAAACGCGCGCAACAACGCCGGACGAAGCGCAAUUGAGGUUUUCCUCGACGACGAAUAUUCUGGGCGGAGCCGAGUCGAUGAACUCCCUCCUACCAGAAGUUUCCACGGAACUUCUAAGAUACACCUCUAUGCGUUCCUGGAUUUACAGGACUUAUUUGCCGAAACAAACGUCGAUUGGACGCAGAGGAGCGCGAACGGUCAGACUUUACUACAUUUGGUUGCAUUGCAGGCAACGACGCUAGCGGUAGAGCACGCUGAAUAUCUGCUGAAGAAGGGUGUAGAUGCUUCUGUAAAGGACGAGGACGGGAAGACGGCAGCAGAUGUGGCGGAGCAGUAUGGAAGGGAUAAAAUGCUGAACCUGUUACGCCUCAGCAGCAUGCUCUGA